GACACGAACCGAAACAUAUACUGUAUGUUGUUAAAACUCUUCUUGUUCUUAAGGUUGUCUAGCUGAAGGGUUUUGUAUGUCUGUCUGUAUGUAUAUGUCACACAAAACAAAGUACUAAGAUAUCCGUGUGUGUGCCUUGAUUUUAAUUCAAAAACACAAGUACAACAGAGAGUACUAGAGCUAUUGUGUGCUUGAAUGAGAAACUUGGAUGAUGCUUAUCUCAGUUCCAAAACAAUGAUCAAAGCUCUUGUUUUUGUGAUACUAUUAUCCCUUUCAUUUAGGUCAAUCUCUGCCGUUGAUUUUGAAGAUGAAGAUGGACUAGUACAAUGGCAGAUCCUCACUAAAUUCAAUUUCUCUUCUCAGAUCCGGACCCAUCCUCACAUCCUGCUCCUGAUCACUGUUCCAUGGUUCGGCGAAUCUCGAUCUCUUAUGAGGGAUUUGGCUCAAGUGGUUAAUAGUAAGCAAAAGAAAUUUGGUACUCUGAAGCUCAUGUUUGUACAUAGAAAUAGUGAUAAGGUGCUUGCUGAAGCUCUUGGCGCUAAAGACGGAAUAAAAUUUUUGUAUUUUCGCCAAUCUUUGUCUUACAAAUACCAAGGCCCGCUUCGGGUACAGAACAUAUUGUCUUCUGUUUAUCAUCUUAUGUCACUUCCGCCGAAAGAUAUUCCCCUCAAAUUUUUAACCACGGCCGAGGACUUGAAAUCAUUUACCGAAUCAACUGACAAGGUAUUACUAGUCAUGGAAUUCUGCGGAUGGACCUCCAGAUUACUGACCAAGGCCAAGAACAGUGUGACUGAUAAUGGAUUUGAGAGUAUCUUUAACAUUGCUAAUGGAACAUUUUCUCCAGGAGGGAAGAAUAUGCAGAAGAUCGAAAGCGAACAGAACUGUGGUGCUUACAGUGGAAAUCUUUGGACUGGAGAGUUUUCCGCAAAUAAUAUGAGUCAAUUCCCGGGAUCUGGGCUGCCUACUGACGGGGAUUUCUGUAGCUCUGAAGAGUUCCAUAAGUAUGAAACUUUUUUGGUAGAGUUGUCGGUAAUUGCAAAAGAAUUUUUCCUGCCACCUGAAAGGAUAAGAUUUGGUUUGGUCCAGGAGAGAGCUCUGCUUUCAUUCCUUGGUAUCAAAUAUUCUGGUCCAUGGUUGGCGAUGCUUCACUUUGCAGGAUGCCCUAGUUGUUCAAAGGUUCUGGGAGAAGGUGAUGAUAUCAGACAUGCUAUAAAGAUGCAAGCUUCACCUGUUUUAGAGCUUGAGGGUGAUGCGAAUGGUCUUGAUCCUCCUAUUCCUGCAAACAAGCCAUCAAUAGUUCUUUUUAUUGAUAGAUCAUCUGAGUCAUUGGAUGUUAGGAAAAAGAGCAGUGAAGCCCUUGGUGUAUUCAGAGAAUUGGCUCUGCACCAUCAAAUGAAUGAGGAAACAACUGCAAAGUCUCAAAGAACUUCCAUGGGAAAUUACCAAUCGUCACUUAGUACUCUUGGACAUCCUAAAUUUGAUAUGUCUCCUUCAUCUCAAAAGAUAACGGAACUGAAAGAUAAGAUGUCUGUCAUGUUAUUGGACAAGGGAAAACACAUUACCAUCAAUAAAGCUGUUACAGAUUUACAAGGUGGCUCUUUGCAGGAGAUACUGACGUAUCUUAUUCAGCAUAAGAAAGAAAUCAAAAUAAGCUCACUUGCCAAAAAUGCAGGAUUUCAACUUUUAUCGGAUGAUUUUACUGUAAAAGUUGCAGAAGAGUCACCGGCAGACUUAAAUGUGCAGUCUAAUCAGGUUUCGACAGAAGUACAGGAAGAACAUCCUGAAGGCAGUGACAGUGGUCAUCUUCGCCAGAAUCAGACACCACAUAUGGCUGGUGGCAGAGUUGAAAAACCUGAAAAUUCUGCAGAUGGUAAACAGAAAGAAGUCAAGGAAACUAUUGUUGAUUCAACCAAAGUAUUAUCUGCAGGUAUCGAUUCUCGUUAUAAUGUUGACCACAUUGCUAAUACUGCACACAGUGAGAAAAUUCCUCCAAAUGUUGAUCACAAUUUCCCAGGUUCUGUGGGGUCCUUUUUCUUUUCUGAUGGUGGAUUUCGGCUACUUAAGGCUCUGGCUCCAUCGUCAUCGAUUCCAAUAGUUGUAAUAAUCGACCCCCUUUCCCACAAGCAUUACUUGUUUCCUGAAGAGGAAGUUUUCGGAUAUUCUUCACUUAGUAAUUUUCUGGAGAGGUUUAAUAAUGGUAGUCUUGUUCCAUAUAAACACUCCGAGACUUUUACGCGGGCCUCUAGGGAGUCUCCGAGGCCACCUUUUGUAAAUUCAAAUUUUCAUGCAGUGAACUCUGUCCCUCGACUUACCACCAAUACAUUUUUGGAGUUAGUUGUUGGCAAUCAAUCAGAUAUGGCAAAUUCCAGUAAUGCUUGGAAGAAGGAUGUUUUAGUUCUUUUUAGCAAUACUUGGUGUGGUUUUUGCCAAAGAAUGGAACUUGUUGUUCGUGAAGUAUACUCGGCUUUUAAGGGGUACUCGAGGAUGCUGAAGGAUAAACCUUCAUUGAUAUCUGAUAAUGUGGAAAACACUAAUCUGAAGCUCCCGUUGAUUUACCUAAUGGAUUGUACACUGAAUGAUUGCAGUUUGAUCCUGAAUUCAUCUCUGCAGAGGGAUCUCUAUCCUUCUCUGCUGUUAUUCCCAGCAGAAAGGAAAGAAGCUGUUCCUUAUGGAGGUGAUAUCACAGUAACUCAAAUUAUUAAUUUUAUUGCUGAAUAUGGAAGUAACUCGGAGAGGCUUUUCGGAGAAAAUGGUUUUUUAUGGAAUAAAGCCUCACAAAGAGUCAAGUAUGGAAAUUUGCAUAAAGAUGUGACACAGACUUCAAAUAUUAAGGAUCCUUCUUCAUUGACAAAUAUAUACCAUGAGGUUCUACUGAAAGACAGAGCACAGAAAAUAGAAGUUAAAGAUUAUGAAAUGAGUCCGCAAAGGUACAAUCGCCCACAUGAAAUAGGCACUGACCUGGUUGCUGGUUCAAUACUUGUUGCAAGUGAGAAGCUUGUCAAUGUACAUCCUUUUGACGGAUCUAAAAUUCUCAUUGUUAAAGUAAAUCAAAGUACGGGAUUCCAAGGUGUAAUUAUCAACAAGCAUAUCAGUUGGGACACACUAGGAAAAUUAGAUGAAGGUUUGGAACUACUAAAACGGGCACCUUUAUCUCUUGGGGGUCCUGUGAUAAUACGAGGAAUGCCUCUUGUUUCUCUAUCUCGAAAGCUUAUGAAAUAUCGUGAUCAGACUGCAGAACCUGAGAUCCACUUUCUUGAUCAGUGGGAGACGCUUGAUGUCAUAAAAGCAUUACAGGCGGGAGACCGUUCUAUUUCAGACUACUGGUUUUUUAUGGGGUACUCAAGUUGGGAAUGGAAGCAGCUUUUCGAUGAGAUUGCAGAAGGAUCCUGGAAAAUAAGCAAUGGUAUGGAACAUUUAGAAUGGCCUGAGAGUGAUUAGGCUCGCAUGUUAAAUUAUUCAAAGUUUUGGAGCUUUUUAAUCAAGAUUUUUAAGACCAGGAAAAGAAGGUAGACUGAGUAUCAAAGUUUUGAGGUUAGCAAAUAGCAGCACAUGAAUCUGAUGGGUAAUCCCAAAAAAAGAUCCUACUCCACACAUUUUACUUUUGACAGAUCAGUGUAACAAAACAUGUACAUUAGUGAUUUUGUAUUCUAUCUUACCAUUUUUAUUUUUGACA